AUGUCAAAUCAAUCACUAAAGGACCCUUCCAUGAUCGAACAAAAGACGGAAACCAAUACGAACGCUACUCAAAAAUCUGGAUGGGUGUCUAGUACGGGUGGAGCAAGUCCAUGGUAUGGCUCUUCACAUCAUCGUGCAUCUAUUAGCGGUCCUUAUUAUCGUACACGUGGCAUGAGUGUCACACGUGAUAAUGAAAAUGAUGAAGAUCUAUCGCAUAUCAUCUCUACUCACAGUCCUACACAUACAAAUACGGCCCUGAAUACAAAUCAACACCAACAACAUCCAAGUCAUCAUAAUAACAACAACACAAGCCAUGGUAAAAAAAAAAAGCUAAAAAUUGAAAUUAUACAACUGUGA